ACCGGCAGGAUGUCGGAGGUGCGGCUGCCACCGCUACGCGCCCUGGACGACUUCGUUCUGGGGUCGGCGCGUCUGGCGGCCCCGGAUCCACGCGACCCGCAGCGAUGGUGCCACCGCGUCAUCAACAACCUUCUCUACUAUCAAACCAACUACCUUAUCUGCUUCGGCCUCGGUCUCGCUCUGGCCGGGUACGUGCGCCCGCUGCACACCCUCCUAAGCGCGCUGGUAGUGGCGGUGGCCCUUGGCAUGCUGGUGUGGGCGGCUGAGACUCGAGCAGCCGUGCGCCGCUGCCGUCGCAGCCACCCAGCCGCCUGCCUGGCCGCAGUGCUUGCUGUCGGCCUCCUCGUUCUCUGGGCCGCGGGCGGCGCUUGCACCUUCCUGCUCAGCAUCGCCGGGCCUAUGCUUCUGAUCCUGGUGCACGCGUCACUGCGCCUGCGCAACCUCAAGAACAAGAUUGAGAACCAGAUCGAGAGCAUUGGUCUCAAGCGGACGCCAAUGGGGUUGCUGCUGGAGGCGCUGGGACAAGAACAGGAGGCUGGAUCCUAGGGCCCUGGGAUCUGUACCUAAGACAUGGAGAAUGCCAUCCCCACCCUGGCCCAGACCCAGAGCCCUUUCCCAGUCCUUAAAAUAGGAGCCCCUGCCCAGUUCAUAAAACAGGACAACUGCAACCCUUCCCCCAGGUCCCAAACUGGGAUAUUCCCUCAUACCCAGCCCCCCAGUUUAGGAAACCAGAGUCUUCCCAGUCCUGAACUUGGGAACCAGAGACACCCACGUCCAGCCCAAAACUGGGGCUUGGAGACCAGAGCAUCCAUGGCCAACAUCAAACUCUGGGCCCAGAGACACUCCCCCUCAACCCCAAUCUGGGACCCACCUAUCUCCCACGCUCAGCCCCAAAGCUGGGGACUGGGACCAAGGCAUUCUCAGAUCUUGAACCCUGGACCAAGGCUCUUCCAGACCCCACCCCAGCUUUGAACCCAGGAUCCAAGUGUUCUCAGCCCCCAUCUGGGUGGAGGAUUCAGGUAUCCUGACCCAGUUGAACCCUUGGUCCCAGGUGACCCCAACACUCACCAGUCCCACUUGCCUCCCUCCAGCUCUGCUUACAGAUUCUGCCACUUCCCAGCCCACCCCCCACAAAGUUCCACAGUGACAAGGACCAAGGAGUGGGAGGGGGUGGGGUGGGGUGCGGGUAGCCCUGACCAGGAAUGGGGCAUAUAUAUCAGUGUUGCUACAACAAUAAAGGCUGUUGCAUUGCUCAAG